AUGGCUGCCGGCGUAGCAGGCGUAGCAGCAGUGCCCCUCGCACAGGAGCUCCUGGCCUUCACUUCCACCUCAGGCCUGGCACCACAGCGAGCACAGAAACAGCAUGGGCAGCAUGGUGCAGUGCUGGCUAAGCCCACAAACCAAGCACCAAUCUCAAACACAGCCUCAGCUGCCGGAGCUGCCACGCUCACCGGGUUGGCUGCCAUGCUUGGACAAGGUGCGAAGAAGCGCAGUGGCCCCACCAAAAGCGUGUGCUUGGCGCAGCCGUCUUCCGCAGUCUUGGAGAAGGGCUCCACGGAAGCGGUCGACCCAGAGAAGGCUCUGCAGCAGUACAUCAAAGACCUGGGUGGGAAGCGAGUCUUGCGGAAGUGGCUCAUUGCCAACAAUGGCAUGGCUGCCACCAAGGCAAUCCUUUCCCUGCGCCAGUGGGCAUACUUAGAGCUGGGCUUGGAUAAUGCUUUCGAGUUUGUUGUCAUGGCAACGCCGGAAGACCUAGAAGCAAAUGCAGAGUUCAUUCGGCUGGCAAACACCUACAUUGAAGUCCCAGGUGGCAAGAACGUCAACAACUACGCGAACGUGGACCUCAUCGUCGAGAUUGCAAAGUCGCAGGGAGUUGAUGCAGUUUGGCCUGGCUGGGGUCAUGCCUCUGAGAAUCCGAGCCUCCCCAUGCAGCUGAAGGAUUUGGGCAUUACUUUUGUGGGACCAACCUCCCCUGUGAUGUCCGUGCUUGGGGAUAAGAUCGCUGCCAACAUCUUGGCUCAAACCGCCGGCGUUCCAUCCAUCCCUUGGAGCGGUGACGGCUUACAGGCCGACCUCGGGCCAGAUGGUACCAUCCCCAAAGAGAUCUUUGACAAGGGCACCGUGUCAACUGUGGAGGAGGCCAAGAAGGCGGUGAAGCAUAUCGGCUUCCCUGUGAUGAUCAAAGCCUCAGAGGGAGGAGGAGGCAAAGGCAUCCGCAUGGUACAGGAGGAGAAGGAUUUGGAGAGUAGCUUCUUCCAGGUCCAGAAUGAGGUGCCGGGAUCUCCUAUCUUCAUGAUGCAGCUUUGCCAGGGAGCACGGCACAUCGAAGUUCAGAUUGUGGGAGACGAGCAUGGGAACGCAGUUGCCCUCAAUGGCCGCGACUGCUCGACCCAGAGGCGCUUCCAGAAAAUCUUUGAGGAAGGACCACCGGUCGUGGUCCCCAGGGAGACUUUCUUGGAGAUGGAAAGAGCGGCCCAGCGCCUCACCCAGAACAUUGGGUACAUUGGUGCUGGAACGGUGGAGUACCUUUACAAUGCCAAGGAGAACAAGUUCUACUUUCUCGAGCUCAACCCUCGUCUGCAAGUCGAGCAUCCAGUGACGGAGGAGCUGACUCGCGUCAACCUGCCUGCCACGCAAAUGCUUGUUUGCAGUGGUGUUCCGCUUGAGAGGGUCCCGCAGAUCCGGAGAUUCUAUGGCAAGAGCGAGUCCGACAAGACGUCUCCGAUCAAAUUCUUGGAGGACCUCUAUGUUUACCCAGACCGUCACGUCAUCGCCUCGCGCAUCACAGCUGAGAAUCCAGACGAUGGCUUCAAGCCCACGAGCGGGCGAAUCGAGCGCAUCAAGUUCCAGAGUUCCGUUUCAUGCUGGGGCUAUUUCUCGAUCGGCGCCAAGGGCGGCAUCCAUGAGUAUGCGGACUCUCAGUUUGGCCACAUCUUUGCACAUGGUGCAAAUCGCGAGGAGGCACGAAAGGCCCUCAUGCUCUCACUCAAGAACAUUGAGGUUGUAGGCGAGAUCCGGAAUCCUGUCGAGUACCUGGUGGAGCUUCUUCAGCAGGAGGCCUAUGUGGAGAACACCAUUGACACUUCAUGGCUGGACAGCUUGAUCAAGGAGAAGUCGGUCACAUUGAGAUACAACAUUUCCGAUGUUGUGUUCUACGCGGCCGUCUUCAGGGCUGUCCAGAACUUGAAGGCAUUUGACGAAGAGGUCGAGGCUGCGCUGGCAAAGAGCCAGCUUGGGCCCUUGCGGGAGAUGGCCAAGAUGAACACCUUCCCAGUGGACAUCACUUUCGAGGGUGUGCGGUACCAGUUCUCCGUCUCCCGUUUGGGGCCUUCCCUCCUUGAGUUGUCCAUCCAGAAUCAGAAGUUCAUGGCCCAAGUCAUGGCGCAGCCUGAUGGGACGUUCCUCGUCUCCGUGGGCAAGACCGUGAUGCGAGUCAUGGGAUCAGAUGAGGCACUUGGACUGCGCUUGCGCUUGGACGGUAUCGGCACCAUCAUGUUGCCAACAGUCUACGACCCUUCUGAGCUGAGAUCCGAGUUCAACGGCAAGAUUGUGCGGUACUUGCAGGAUAAUGGCGGAAUGGUACAGGAAGGCGAGCCCUACGUAGAGCUAGAGGCGAUGAAAAUGAUUAUGCCGAUCAAAGCCACCGCCACUGGCAAGGUCAGUCAUCUACGUGGAGCUGGCAGCAUUGUAUCGGCAGGGGAGCUCCUCGCAAACUUGGAGCUUUCCGAUCCUUCGAAGGUGAAGAAGAUCGUCCCCUUUGAUGGCACAUUUGCUAUCUCAGCGGACGGUAAUGGAAAGGACCGCAGUUUGCAGAGCCAGCUUGAGAUGGUCCUGGACGGCUUCUCUUCACAAGAGGAGCCUGCCCUCAUGGCCCAGAAGAUGUUCUCCCAGCUCCCAGAGGCCGAGUGUGACGACGUCGCAUCCGCACUGGUAGAGCGCUAUCUGGCAGUUGAGGAGAAGUUUUCGCCCCUCAUCAAAGAGAAGCUGACAAACGACCAGAUCUAUGCCAGCCUCAUCGAAGAGAACAAGGAGAACCUGCCGGCAGUGGCUUCUUUGGCUCUGGCACACAGCCAGAUUGGCACCCGCAGCGAAGUGGUUCUUGCCGCGCUUCGAAGCUUGCGAAAGCUGAACCCCUCAGUGAACCUCAUGCAGAAGAUUGGGCGCCUUGCCGAGCUUGCCAACACAGGCGGCUAUGGUGAGGUGGUUCUCGUUGCGGAGACGACCAUGGCGUUGCUGAGCUCGGAGCCCUUCGAGGAGCGGAGUGCAGCUCUCCGUACUGUGAUGGAUACCGACAGCCCGGACCUUCAGUCUAUCUCGCGAAUGCCUGCCAGCAAGGCUGGUGCAGAACUCUUGUCAGACCUGCUCUUGGACGACUCGUCUAAAGUGCGCACGAACGCUCUUACAGCCUUGAUGAGACGCUUGUACCGAUCCUUUCUCGUCAAGGAUGUGGAUGUCAAGGAUGAGGCGGCUGGCAACAUGCGCUGCAACUUCAAGUUCCAGUUCCCAGGCACUGCAGACGAGGAUUCCUUCCGCGAGGCCCAUGUCAAGGUGGUCACGGAUUUCGCUGCUGCGCGGGAAGCGCUAAAGGAAGACAUCCCCAUGGAAGAUGCCAGCAGCAACAUGAACACCAUGAAGGUGAUCGUGACAUCCCCGGGAGAUGGCAACUUCGAUGCCAUGAGUGGCGAAAUGGAGGGACUGCUCAAGGCGGCGAACGCAAACCUGCAAUCUGCCGGCAUCCGCGAGGUGGGCCUGGUGGUGUCAAAUGUGCCGCAUGCUUUGCGCUACGCUUCCUUCAUGGCAAGCGACAGCUGGAAGGAGAACUUGGCCACACGCGAUAUGAAGCCAUCGCUUCCCAACGUCCUGGAGGUCUAUCGCCUGGCCGAAGACUACAAGUUGGAGAAGGUGAUGCCUCCCGUGGGUCGCAAUUCUCAGGUUUACAUUGGAACGCCACUUGACACAGUGCCUUCGAAGACGAAUCCGUCCACCAUCUUUGCACGCAUGAUCAAGCACUCGAUGUCGGAUUUCCCAGACAAUGAGACAUCCUGGACGAACUCGCUUGAGAACCUCCUGCUCAAUGCCGUGGACGAAGUUGAGCGAGCCCGGUUGAAUCCCAAGAUUGGGUAUGGGCCUAACAGCAACAUCUUUGCCCACAUUGUGGCCAAUGUUGAUGUUGAGGCAUCAGAGGCCUAUGCCAAGCUGGAAGGCUUCCUCAAUCUCUUCGUUGCCCGACACCAAAGUCGGCUCGGAAAGAUGAAGGUGGACGAGAUCGUGGUGAAAAUUGGCAUCGGAAGUCAGCUGAACCGCAAGCAGACCCUGCGGCUGACAGCCAGCUCCAUGACAGGCGAGUACCUGCGAACCAGCGGAGCGCUUGAAACCUACGAUGUCAUCACUGGUUCCCCCAAGGAAUGGUUCGACCUGAAGAGCGGAGAAAAGACGCAGCUGACUUCUGCCAAGGCAAAGAGUCGCCUGCAGCUUCGGCGCUCGCUGGCACGGAAUGCUGGCUCCACCUAUGCCCCGGACUUCUUGGGCAUGCUGAAGAUCGAGCUGAUCAAGAAGUGGAACAUCUACCAGGAAGCUGGUGGGUCCCGGCAGAUGCCCACCGCCAUCUUCAAGAGCACCGAGCUGGUGCUUGGAAAGGAUGGGGAGUUGGGAGAGGUGGACCGCGAGCCCGGCCAGCACAACAUCGGGAUGAUCGCAUGGCGCUGCACCCUGCAAAGCCCGGAGUACCCGCAAGGUCGGGACAUUGUCCUGAUCGCAAACGACGUAACCCACAAAGCUGGCUCCUUCGGCGUGGAUGAGGAUGAGCUUUUCCAGAAAGCCUCCGAAUACGCCCGCCACCGAGGCCUUCCACGCAUUCACAUCGCGUGCAACAGUGGGGCUCGCGUGGGCCUGGCAGAGGAGCUAAAGCCUUUCAUCAAAGCCAAGUGGACAGAUGAUGAUCCGGCCAAAGGCUUCGACUACUUGUACCUUGAGGAGAAGGAUGCUACAAGCCUGCCUGAGGGAGCAGUGGACACUCACACAGUGACAGUGGGCGGAAAGAAACAUUAUGUCAUUGACUCCAUCAUCGGUGAGGGUCUGAAGUCCACACAGGGAGGAAUUGGAGUCGAGAACUUGCGAGGAAGCGGUCUGAUUGCCGGCGAGACAUCCAAGGCAUACAACGAAGUGUUCACCCUGUCCUAUGUAACGGGCCGCUCAGUUGGCAUCGGUGCCUAUUUGAACAGGCUGGGACAGAGGGUCAUCCAGAUGGUCAACGGACCCAUGAUCCUCACAGGCUUCUCUGCCUUGAACAAGCUCCUGGGCAAGAAUGUCUACACCUCGCAGGAUCAGCUCGGAGGACCGCAGGUGAUGGUGCCAAAUGGUGUGACACACCAGGUCGUCUCAGAUGAUACAGAGGGAGUGGCAGCAAUUCUUGACUGGUUGUCCUUUGUGCCGAAAGCGGCCUGCGACAAUCCUCCCAUCCUGGACCCCGUUGACCCAGUCUCGCGCGAAGUCACGUUCGUGCCGUCCAAGACGCCGUAUGACCCACGGCACAUGCUGGCAGGCGUAACGACGCCAGAAGAUGGCAAGCUGACGGGCUUUUUCGACGAGGGCACCUUCAAAGAGUAUUUGGCCGGCUGGGGACGGAGUGUGAUUGUUGGCAGGGCCAAGCUCGGUGGAAUUCCUAUGGGUGUGAUUGCCGUGGAAACUCGAAACAUGGACCGACGGAUUCCGGCAGAUCCCGCAAAUCCGGCUAGUCAGGAGGUUGUGGAACCACAAGCUGGUCAAGUUUGGUUUCCAGACAGCGCCUUCAAGACGGCAACAGCAAUCCGCGACUUCAACCGCGGCGAGAACCUUCCCCUGAUCAUCUUCGCCAAUUGGCGUGGCUUCUCAGGUGGAACCCGCGAUAUGUAUCAAGAAGUCUUGAAGUUUGGGGCACAGAUUGUGGACGCGCUGGUGGAGUACAAAAGCCCCGUUUUCGUGUACAUCCCUCCCGGGGGAGAGUUGCGGGGUGGGUCGUGGGUCGUGAUCGACCCGACCAUCAAUCCAGAGCAGAUGGAGAUGUACGCUGAUGUGGAUUCUCGAGGGGGCAUUCUUGAGCCGCCUGGAAUCGUGGAGGUUAAGUUCCGCGCCGCGCAGCAGAAGGACAUGAUGCAUCGACUAGAUCCUGAGCUGCGGAAGUACGACGCGAUGCUCGAGGAGUCCUCAUCCUCAGAGGUUGGGAGCGCAGCCUCAGAUAUCGAGAUGCAGAUCAAGGCUCGCGAGGAGAAGCUCCAGCCUCUCUACACCCAAAUCGCGUGCGAGUUUGCCGACUUGCAUGAUCGCACAGGGCGCAUGGAAGCGAAGGGCGUCAUUCGGAAGGGACUGGAGUGGCGCCGGUCCAGAGAGUUCUUCUACUGGAGAGUGAGGUGCCGACUCCUGCUCAAGGACGAGAACCGUGGGUGUGGAUUUCGGGGCAAAAGUUUUUGCAUUGCAAAGCAGGCCUCGCACAUUUCAGGUUUUUGGGUAAUUUCGGCUGCAUGGUGUGCGAUGGCUGAGUGGAAUGAACAUUGCGGCACUUCCUCCAAUCCCAGUAAAGUGCCAUGA